AUGUCCACCGCCCUCUCUCCGCCCCCGCGCACUCGCUCCCCGCAGCACGCUCCCUCCUCCUCCGUCCCGCCCCCGCCGCUCAUCCCUCACAGGUCGUCCCGCAGCCGCCUCAUCCCCACUCAGCUCGAGGAGCCACCCAUCCCACCACGCCUCAUCGGCUCUCCUCUCCUCCAGAAACUCACCGCCAGCCAUGAGCCCCAUGUCCUCAGCCAGAAGGUCCAGUCCGAGCUGUGGAUUGACGGCGACGAGUUUGGCACUCAGAAAUCUCGGGCCGAGUCUUCCUCUACCCCCUCUCCCGUCUCCCCCGCGUCCUCUCCGUCGUCCAGACGCGGUCACCGUCGCUCACCCUCCGUCGUAGCCACUUGUCGCUCGCGCUCUCAUUCUCCGCCCCCCACUCCCCAAUUCGACCUGCCACCCCCUCCUGUGCCACCCAUCCCCCUCUCCGCACUCGCCACCCCCGGCGCCCGGCGGUCCGUCGUGCGCCCCCGCCCUUUGAACGGGAGGCAGAUCGUCAUCCCGGAUAUGGACCAGUACUCUUCGCCCACCCUAUCCUCUCCUCCGAAGCACAAGAGGAUCCCGAGGUCAUUGGACAUUUGA